AUGUACGAGCCUUCGACGGGCGACUGGAUCCUGCUGGUGGCGUCGGUGCAGCUGCGGGACCGCGGCGUCUACGAGUGCCAGAUCGGAACCACGCCGCCGCGCAGCCACUUCGUCACCCUCCACAUCAUCGAGCCCCGCACGGUGAUCCUCGGCGGCGGCGACCUGCACAUCAACACGGGCUCCACCAUCAACCUGACCUGCCUGGUCCUGUACCACGCUCGCUCUCCGCACGCCCUCUCCUGGCUGCACGAGGGACAGGAAAUCCAUUACGACUCUGCUCGCGGGGGCGUGUCCGUGCUGACGGAGGCGGGCGAAGUGACCCGCUCCGCCCUCCUCAUCCAAAAGGCCACGCGACAGGACGCCGGGAACUACACCUGUCAGCCCAAGGGCGCCGCCUCAGCCACCGCCUACGUCCAUGUGCUCCACGAUAUCGCCUCAUCCUGUAGUUCCCGAAGUAGGAAACGAGCUAGUCUCAGGUGGGGUGUAGACCGUCUGCCAGAAAAGGAACUUUUGUACACGAAAGUGAAACUUUGA